GAUGGCCGCCCUCAUCAUUCAAAGCUGCAGCAACACAGUCGCACGUGCCGUGUGCAAGUGGUCUUCCUGCACCAACACAACGCUGCUGCGUACCAUCACCACUACCACCCCACGCUCAAUCACAAACAACGGUGGCAACACCACUAACAACAACAACAACAACAAGGGUAAACAGCUGUCCGCGGCCGAGGUGAAAAAAAUCCCGGACAGCGAGGUCAAAAAAUCCGUCUUCAUCUCCCAAUCGAAUGACAUCUUCACCAACCUGGCCCUGGAAGAUUGGAUCUACCGGAACUUUGACUUCUCGCACCACCACAUUCUGAUGUUGUGGAUCAACACCCCGACGGUGGUCAUCGGCCGGCACCAGAACCCGUUCUGCGAGUCCAAUGUUUCGGCGCUGGUGCGUAACGGGGUGGAGCUGGCGAGACGUAAUAGCGGAGGCGGUGCGGUCUAUCACGAUCUGGGCAAUUUGAAUUGCACCUUUUUCUCUCCGCGGGCCCGGUACGAUCGCAAGUACAAUCUGAAUCUGAUUACGCGGGCACUGUACCGGGAGUACGGUAUCAGUGCGGAGAUUUCAAGCCGGGACGAUAUCACGCUGAUGGGAAAGAAGAUUUCUGGAACGGCAGCCAAGCUCGGGCAACCGAACGCAUAUCAUCACUGCACUCUGCUGGUCAACUCCAACAAACUCCACUUGGGUGAAUCUCUGGUGAAGGAUAAUGCCGAAAUCAUCAGCAAGGCCACCGCGUCGGUACCAUCGCCAAUCAAAAACCUCGCGGACGUGAACCGAUCGGUCAACAUCCAGCAGCUCUUAUCAGCCAUCGGAUACGAGUAUCUGCGAACGCCGGCCACGCAGCUGACCGAUGGGGGUCGCGAUUUGCUGAUGAAACAGCUCGGCUUCCAGCUGAUUAACCCCACGGAAAAAUGGUUCCCGGGCCUGAGUGAGUUGCGCGAGGGAUUCGCCUCCUGGGACUGGCGCAUCGGCAAAACGCCCAAGUUUGCGGUGCAGAAGAGUGUCCAACUGAAGUCCGAGGGCAACCAGCAGCACGAGAUGAAGGUCAACGUGGAGGUUGAAAAGGGAUGCAUCCAGGAGAUCAGCAUUCUGAUUCCGGGUCAGGAUCCGAUCCCGGUCGUGUCCAGCAUGGUCGGAAAACCCUACCAGGAGGACUGUUUCAACGGAAUUCUGGAAGCCUUGAAGGGUGCUAGCGCUGAAAACGUCAAACACGCCAUGGGCUUAUGAAAUUUGAAUGGAAUCUCGGAGUUUACCGAUGAUCACCGGAAGUAGGAGACACCAAAAAGAAAAACAUCCAUCUCAACAUGUGCAAUAAUUUUCUGGUAGCUAAGGGCGUUAAGACGUGAUUCAUCGUUGGACCGAACCAAAAACGCGGGCCCACCUUCAGGGAAUGUGGCCUUCAAGAGGUUAACAUCGGGGUGCAGAUGGUUUCGCUAAUGAUUUAAUCGUAAAUUCAAAUUAGAGCCGGACAUGAGUGCGCAAGUGUUCCCGCACUCGUCGAUUCGAACGUACGCUCGGGUUUAGUAGCUAGGAAAUUAUUUCCUCUUUUUUAUUUCGUUGUUUUGGUUCAUUCCUUAUUCAUAUUUUCAACGCGAUUCGAUAACCCUUUGUUGUUUGAAAAUUCAUUUCACACUAAGUGGUUUCGCUUGAAGCGCAAACAACUGUCGAAACAUCAGACCGAACGUCAAUAUACAAAGUGGGUCCCCCUCCACGAGCAGUGCCGUAGUUAGGUGAUUAGAACUCAAGAAAAGGAUGGGGAUCCUUCGAUUAAAUUCUGAAAAACAUAAAACGAAAGUUGAAUUAUUAAAAUAUAAAUUUCGCUAGGCUACUUAAGACUGAUCAUCAAAAUUUACCACUACUAAUUGGAUUAUCAAAUGAAAAACUCUAAAAGUAAAUUGGCAUCGCCGAACGAUAAACUUUUACUCGUACUACGAAAGCAAAGGUUCAUGAAUAAGAAUUUAUACAUGUAAGGUUGAAAAUUUUUAAUGUGAUAAAACGUACCACAGAUUGUUGAAUAUAUGAAAAAACCCUUGAACAAAACUAAAACUAAAAACUUUUAACCCCCUGAACUAAGUCAUUCUGUUUGAACUUUUUUCAACACCUAGGUUAUAUAAAUAAAAAAUAACAAAAUCUGGUUUCCCUAUCUAACGUUUUUUCUAAAUUUACUCCGUACUCUUUAAGUGUAUUUCUAAAGAUUCUUUUCCAUUUGUUUUUUUUUCUCAAUAAUUUGAAAGGAAAGCAAAGAGGUAAUAAUCAGUAAUCAAGAAUACAGAUCAUAUCAUUUGUACUUUUAGGAGUGGACACCUUAAAAGUGUCCAACUCAAUCGAUUGUUUGUUUGAACUUUGAACGCUUAAAUAAUUGCGCUUCCAAACCGAGCUGAGAGUUUGAAGUUUUGAGUAAUUUUCUUUCAUUAGGUUUUUGUUUAAGCUAAACUUUACCACUUUUUUCCAUCUUCAGUCAUUUUAAAAUGGUUUCACUCUUAGUCCCACACCCACAGUUCAAGAAAAGCUGAAUCAGAGUACUAUCUACUAAUUUACACACGCUAUUUGUUGGCAAUCGCGAAAGUGUGUUUUAAUAAGCUGCACAAAGUCAUUCAUUCUAGUUUUUCCCUAGUUAGUUAGUCGUUGAAGUAUAGUUACUGGGUUUCUACAACAGAACACAUAAAACAUUUAACAGUUGAAGGUUGAGAAGUAGAAAACAUUUCUUUAAUCUUAACAAAGUAAGGUUUAGUUAGCAUAAUGUAGAAGCAUGUGAAACAAAAUUUAUAUAAAAAUCAAUAAAAGCGAAGUGAAUCAUACAACUAAAUAA